AUCCCAUCCACGCUGUUUCAGAGAACUGGUCGGAUUGCCUUGCUGAGGGUGAGCUGAUGUAAAACACAGGACAGGAAGGGGCUCCUGGACAAUCGAGGCAGAAUCCCGCUUUACAAGGAAUCCCCCAAAAUCUUCACAUGCAGCUGCCAUAUGAAGGCUGGAUGGACACCUUACAAACCCAGCCCCCAGUGCCUUAUUCACAGAAAGCCUGAGAGAAGAUACAAAAUUAGUUUCUAGAGAAUGACACAAGGAAAUUCCAGGAACUCAGGUUACCAAGUUCUUUAACAUUCAGAAAUAUAUGAAAGAUUUCUUUUCUCUGUUGCUUCUGAAUGUUUUAGUCAAGCAUCUAUCAAAACUAACAAGACACAAAGUAAAACACUCAGGAGAAGAGUUCAUCAGACAAGGUUCACUACAUGGCAAACACCAAUAGGGGAAAUCAAACCAUUAUUGCAGAAUUCAUCCUCCUUGGAUUUGGGAAUCUACCUAUACUGCACAUUCCGCUCUUCCUGCUGUUUCUCCUGAUCUACAUUGUGACCAUGGCUGGUGCCCUCCUCAUCAUCGUGCUGGUUGUGGCUGAUCACCACCUGCACACCCCUAUGUACUUCUUCCUCGGGAAUUUGUCCUUCCUAGAGACCUGCUACAGCUCUGCCAUCCUGCCCAAGAUGCUUUCAGGUCUCCUUACCAAUAACAAAACCAUUUCCUUCCUUGGCUGCUUGCUUCAGUUUUACACCUUUGUGUGUCUGGCCUGUACUGAAUGUAUCCUCUUGUCAGUCAUGUCUUAUGACCGGUACUUAGCAGUAUGCAACCCCCUGCAUUAUGCAGCUGUAAUGAACUUGAGGGUCUGUGCUAAAUUAGCUUCAGGUUCCUGGAUAACCGGAUACCUGGUAUUCACCAUAAUAGUAAGCUUAAUGUCAACGUUGACUUUCUGUGGCCCCAAUGAAAUUGACCAUUUCUUCUGUGAUCUGACACCCCUGCUACAACUCUCCUGUAUGGACACCCACUGGAUCCGAGUGGCAAUUUUUGCCUUUUCUUCCUUAGGAUCAUUGCCACCAUUUCUACUGACCGUGGCAUCCUACGCUUGUAUCAUUGCCACCAUCCUGAGAAUUCCAUCUACUACUGGGAGGCAAAAGGCAUUUUCCACCUGCUCCUCCCACCUCACGGUAGUAACAGUCUUCUUUGGGACCAUAAUUGCUGUGUAUCUCACCUCAACAGUGGAUACUUGGAGAGCCCUGAACAAAGUGCUGUCUGUCUUCUACACUGUCCUCACCCCAAUGAUCAACCCCCUCAUCUACAGCCUGAGACACAGGGAAGUGAAGGAGGCCCUGGGCAGGGCUCUUAAGCUGUGGGGAACUUUCAUAGUUUCAUAA